CUCACAGCUUCAAUGAGGUAGAGAUACUGCAUGGGAGAGACGCAUGUGGGCUCAGGGCAUUCACUUGCACACAUUGCUAUAUCUUGCACUAUUCCCAGGUUCCUGAGAAGAAAAGGUCUCCUUUUCUGUUGGGAGCGGAAAUCUAAAGGAAAACCCGGGUGAAGUCGGGCCCCUCACACCAUUACUUCAAAACAUGAAUGGACCAGUGGAUGGCUUGUGUGACCACACGCUGAGUGAAGAUGGAGAUUUCAUGUUCACCUCAGAAUCUGUAGGGGAAGGGCAUCCCGAUAAGAUCUGUGAUCAAGUCAGCGAUGCUGUGCUAGAUGCCCAUCUCAAGCAAGACCCUAAUGCAAAGGUUGCUUGUGAAACGGUGUGCAAAACUGGAAUGGUGCUACUGUGUGGGGAGAUCACUUCGAUCGCAAUGGUGGAUUACCAGCAGGUGGUUCGAGACACCAUUAAGCACAUAGGAUAUGACGACUCCGGAAAAGGCUUUGACUUCAAGACCUGCAAUGUGUUAGUGGCACUGGAGCAGCAGUCCCCUGACAUUGCCCAAGGGGUUUAUCUGUACAGAAACGAAGAGGAUGUUGGUGCCGGUGAUCAGGGUUUGAUGUUCGGCUACGCCACGGAUGAGACGGAAGAAUGCAUGCCCCUCACGAUCAUUCUCGCUCACAAGCUCAAUGCCCGGAUGGCCGAACUGAGACGCUCUGGGGUCCUUCCCUGGCUGAGGCCUGAUUCCAAAACUCAGGUGACUGUUCAGUAUACACAAGAUAAUGGAGCAGUCAUCCCCGUGCGGGUCCACACGAUUGUCGUUUCAGUACAGCACAAUGAAGAUAUUACCCUGGAGGAAAUGCGCAAAGCCUUGAAGGAGCAUGUGAUCCAAGCUGUUGUCCCUUCCAAAUACUUGGACAAUAACACCAUUUAUCACUUGCAGCCUAGUGGAAGGUUUGUCAUCGGAGGGCCACAGGGUGAUGCUGGGGUCACUGGCCGGAAGAUCAUCGUGGACACAUAUGGAGGCUGGGGAGCCCAUGGGGGAGGUGCUUUUUCAGGGAAGGACUACACCAAAGUGGACCGUUCUGCUGCUUACGCAGCCCGCUGGGUUGCUAAAUCCUUGGUGAAAGGAGGGCUGUGUCGCCGAGUUCUGGUUCAAGUUUCUUACGCCAUUGGUGUGGCUCAUCCCCUAUCCAUUUCCCUGUUCACCUACGGAACCUCCAAAAAGACAGAGAAAGAGCUGCUGGAUGUGGUGCACAAGAACUUUGACCUUCGUCCUGGGGUUAUUGUCAGGGAUCUGGAUUUAAAGAAACCCAUUUACCAGAAGACGGCGUGCUACGGCCACUUCGGAAGGAAUGAAUUCCCGUGGGAAAUUCCCAAGGAACUCGUCUUAUAACGCUGGAAGGAGCCAGGCUUCGGGAAUCUCCUGAGCCUCUGGUCGGCUGCUUUCUAUCAAGAUCUUGGGAUUUCAGAAUACGCACAGAGGGAUGACCCAUUCUCUUUGUAGGAACUGGUUCACUUUCCAAUGCAAUGCCCUGCUUCCCCAUCAAAGCUGUGCCAAGCUGAGCCUGCUCGUAGCACAGUGAGGUCAAGUUACCAUCAGGAGGCAAAAUACGGUUCAAUUUCUGUUGCUGCUAGGUCACAUGCAUUUUUGAGGCAUAAUUUGAUUUUCAUUCAUCUUUGACUCUGACACAAGAUGGUCUUAUGUUCAAAGGAUUCUUAACCAUGCUAUGAGGUCCUCUUAUUGCUCAGGAGAAUUUUCUGGGGAUAGCUUCUUAACUGGUGCUCAUUACAUCCCAGGCACAUCUGAGCUCCCCGUGGAUAAAUGAUAGGGUAGCAUAUCCCUGUAGCCUCGGCUCUCUGAAACUCUACUCCUUGGAUUGGGUAUGUGUCUUGGCACCCGCCCAGGAUACCCCAAGUAGCCUGAUGUUUCAGAGGUAAUGCCCUUAGCCGGGAAGUGCCUGUGUCUUAACUGAUCUGGCAAUGAGCUCUCUCUCUCUCUCUCUAAGUCCGAGUUCUGAAUAGUCCUAAAUAACGGCUCCACUUUGCCCUAGGUUCUGAGUCCACUUUUCAGGCAGCAGAAAGCCCCUUCAGUCUCUGGCCUUUCAAGAGGAGGGGUGUAUAUCGCUAGAAUGUAAAGCUUUCACAUUUGUUUGUUUUGAAAUAGGACCGUGGAAGAUAUCCCACUAGAAAUUUGCGUGGUACUGGUGCAGGCGGUGUCUAAAUCGGGACAAGCCUCUGAGGAGAAAACAAAGGAGCAUUUGUUCCAUCUCAGGAAUAUUCGCCAAAGAGCUGAAGGUGUGUCAUCUUCUAAUCAAGCACACCACGGUGGUAUUUCGAGGAGAAAAGCUUGCUGCUAAGCAAGCAGCAGACUUAGUCAUUUGAAUUGCCCUGUGGGAAAUUCUGGGAUCCAAUGCCCUUAUUGAUUUGGGGUUCCCCACGAGGAAGCCGCCUACUGCGUGAAGAGGAGUCAACCAACUUUGGAAAAAGAAAGCGAGUUACUCACAGGCAGGAAGAAUACUAGUGUAUGUAAGUUACGUGUGCAAAAGCAUUGAGCCCAAACUGCCAAAGCUCUUCCUCCUUAUACUUGCUAUGUUGUGCUGCUGGGUAGAAAACAUGAUGCUCCUGACUCAAGUGUACAUUUCUUCCCUCGACCACAAAGCACAUCCACUGAUAAGCCCAUUGAAAAGGCUACUCUUGAUUUGGAACAUUCGACCAAGAUACACUAAAUGAAACAGUAUGCCUUAGUUUUCUUUACAAGCUUCAGUGCAGAAUAAGACUAAAUCCCAACCCCAAAAAAGAACAUCCCAACUUGAGUCCAGCUCCCUAAUACGAUUCAGAGCCACUUAAGAUAAUUGCAGUGUAAAUCCCUGAGGAUGAAGCCCUCUCCACUGCCAAUUCUUCCAGCUUCCACUGCACCCAUCUCUCCCCAGCUGCACUGUUACUAUUUCCCUUCUUUUGCUAUUGUCUUUAAUGGGACCUUCUUUUUAAACCCUUCUUCCUGCCAAAGUGGCCUUUUCUUUGUGGUUUGGUCAUUUCUAUCGCAGUGAAUGGCUAGGACAGGAAUCUUCCUUCAAUAUCAAACAAACAAAUCUACUGGGUGACUUUGAGCAAGUCACUUAACUUUUCUGUGACUCAGUUACCUCAUCUCUAAAAUGGGGAUUAAGAUUGGGAGCCUGAGGUGGGACAGGGACUGCGUCCAACCUGAUUAGAUUGUAUCAAGCCAGCACUUAGUAAAGUGUCUGGCAAAUAGUAAACACUUAACAAAUAUCAUAAAGAAGUCACCUCUGUCUGGAGGAAUUGAUUAGUGCCCAAGUGAGGUACAAUUUCUAUUUCCAUGUAUAAAGGGAUUUCUGAUGAAUGAAGUCGGAGAAGCCUCAGGAAAAAAGGGACAUUUCUUCUCAUUGGAUAACUUUGCUCCUUGAAGCCCAACAUGAUCCCUGUCUUCAGGGAACCAUUUCCUUUACUGUGGCAUGUGAUGCCAUCCAUCCUUUUCUUUGAUUCCAUAACCUAAUACUGACUUGAAGUUGCUAAACACUGACAGGAAAGGUGAAUUUACCAACAAACACCAGCGCCUAAAUCCUAAGCAAAAGCACUUUAACCAAGAAGGCCUUGGAAUCAAGAGGUUCCAGAAGGAUUCCAGAAAGUUUUCGGGUCUGGAGGCUAUUCACAUUUGGCUGGAAUUUGUAACUUAGCUAAAGAGCAAGUGAUUGGAUUGACUUGACUUGUCUCUAGGACUUAUCAAGUGCAAAUUUAUUUUGGAACCUAUUUUCAAUUCGAAUACUUUUCUACUUUCUUCACCAAAACAGGAGAGGUUUUUAAAAUGAUAUCUGUAUAAAGCUCACAUCUUUCCUUCUCUAAAUUGACUUGCUAGCUCUGUAUAUAAUAAAUACUCAAACAAUACUGGA